AUGUCGAGCCUUCUGAACACAGUUUUAUCGGAGGUGGGCUGGGACGAGCGCUUUGCGAUCCCCGAACCCAGCGCUGAAAACAAGGCUCUGAUAGAAGAGAUCCGUAGAAAAGAGACAGAGUUGGAGCAGCUGGAGAACAAACUCGAGAGAAACAAGGAUCAAAAGCAGAUCAUGACCGAUCACCUCAAACAUGUUAAACAACAGCUGGAAAACACUGAGGCUCUGUGCAGGGCGAAGGAAAGAGAAGAAGAGCUGGAGAAACACCUCACAGCCCUUGCAGAGAGGGAGACAGGGCGCUUGGUGCAGGAGACUGCUAAGAUGGAGAACAACCUGAGAUCUUUAGCAGAGAGGAGGAACAUGCUUGAGAACCACAUCUUCAAGGCCAACCAGAAGCUGGAGGAGUUCAGGACCCAGAGGAACUGGGACCAGCAGACCAUGGACGCCUUUUUAGAGGAGUCAGCACGCAAAGAUGAGGACAGGAUGGCCAUCAUCAAGUACGCCCAGCAAGACGAGCAGAGGAUCAAGUCGCUCACUCUGGCUAUAGAGAAGAAGACACUGGAGGCCAAUGACAAGCACAAAGCACUCGACAAAGAGCUGACUGAGACUGUAUCUGCACAGGUCGCUUUGGAUAAAACUACAGAAAACCUGCAGCAGGCCCACGUGGAGACACAGCAGCUCAUCCACCAAUGGGAAAACACCAUCAAGCAGAUGAAGCAGCGGGACGCUGAGAUGCAGCAGUGUGCGCUGCAACUCGCCCAAACCAACCAGGACAUCAGGGGAAGGAACGCCACCCUCACAGAGAAGAAGCGCCUGCUGGAUACUCAGAGGAACAACAACAAGGAAACUGAGAGGAAGAUAAGCGCCGCCACCCGACAGGCUGCGAGGCUGCAGCAGCAUUUGAAGGAGCAGGAGAAUAACUGCAUCAGGCUGCAGGAUGAGCUGGACAGUUGCAAAGGUACACGGGACAGAGUGACCUCUGACGUGGCGUCUGUGACGGCCCGCAUAUCCAGAAUAAAGAAAGACAUCCAGGAUAACAAUAACAAACUGAAGGAGGCCAGGGCCUACAAUGUGGCGCUGGAGGAGAAGCUGGAAGCUGUGACUCAGACGGCCCUCAGCGAGGAGGAGAGAGCUGCACAGAUGGACCAGUUCCUCAAAGACGAAGAACUGACGAUCAAGGAGUUGGAUGUCCAGCUGCGUGACUGCAGGGACGAGCUUUUUCACCAUAAAGAGCUUUUGCAGACCCUGAAGACAAAGGAGAAGGAUUCUGUCGCCCAGGUUUCGAGGAGUAAAGCCACCAUCACCAGCCUGGACAGCGAGCUCAGAAAACUGGAGCAGGAAUUGAUAAGACAGCAGAGGACCAUGAGCACACAGGACUACCAGAUUGUCUGCCUGGAUGCAAAACUGUCACAGCUGCAAGGUGACAUUCACUCAGAUGAAAAGAAAAUGCUGGACGUGAAGAUCGCUGAGCUGACUGAUGUCCUGGAGGAGAAGAAGAAGACGGCCAACACGCUGACCAGCACGCUCAGAGAGUCCGAGGAUGACAUUCGCUCUCUGAGGAAAGAGAUGGAGAAGUCAGAAGCUCAAAAGAGAGAUCUGACCAACAAGGUGGAGGAGCUCAUGCUGCUCCGCAACACCAAUGAAAAGGAGCUGAAGAGACUCAGGCUCAGGAAACAGGACAACCUGGUGGAGCACAACAUCAUGAAGGUAGAGGUGAAGCGUAUGAGGGAUCUGCUGUACAACAAGGCGGACAGCAUGCUGUCGUUGGAGAAGAGGAAGCUGGAGCUGCAGAAAGCCAUGAAGGAGAGGGAGGACGAGAUCAAGGUCUACAGAGAAAUGCUGAACCAGCAGCUGAAGAUCAGCGAGCAGGAGAGACAGAGACUCAGUGCUGAACUGAAUGACAAACUGUCAAAGAUCGAGUUGAUGAAGAAAAGCUUCGAGGUCUUGAUGCUUUCAAUGGCAGCUCCUGAGGGGGAGGAGGAGAAAUCGCAGGCUUACUACAUCACAAAGGCUGCACAAGAGAAAGAGGAGCUCAGGCGGAAGGGAGACAGUCUGGAUGCUAAAGUCCGCAAGACGGAGUUGGAAAAUCGAGCUCUGGAGAACACCGUUCAACUGUUCGACAGCAGCAACUCAGCAUUCCGCAAAUCCCUCAACAAAGCGAGUGAAUCCAGUCCAGAGUAUCAGGAAAAAGUGAAGCUGGAGGAGCAGCUGAGGGCGGCUGAAGAGACACUGAAGUAUAAGAAAAGACAGAUCCAAGAGCUCCAACAGGACUUACAGGACAUGAACAAUACCUCAGAGAGUCUGCUGCGAGAAGAGCAGGUGGAGAAAGAGAAGGUAGAGCACAAACAGUCGCUCAUCAGUAAACUGAAGAAAGAAAUCUCUUCCCAGCAAGAGAAGAUCGACAGAGCCACGAAGCAGAGCUCUAAGCUGACCAAAGAGAUCCGCUCAGCCAAAAACACCAAGACUGAGACGUUUGAGGAGAAAGACAUCAAGCUGAGGGAGCUGAAAGAAUUCAACAAGAGUGUGGACAAGAUGCUGAACGAGGCCACGGAGGACAAACCUGACCUCAGAUCAGUGCUGGAGAGAUACUUCCUGCAGGCCAAUCUGUGUCUUCCUUCUCCGUCGUCCACUCCGACCAGUAACCGCAGCUCCAAGACAAACUCUGCCCGCAGCUCCGCCUCUCUCAGGUCUCCUGCGUCCUCAGCCAGCAGCAGCCCCAGGGCCUCUGCGCUUCACUCCCCCGUCCUGAAGACUGUGGAACUGGGCUUGGACCUGACUGUGACCUCCCCUCCUCUCACCACCUCCAGACGUUCCAGCUGCGCGAGCAGCAGCAGCAGGAAGUUAAAGAACCCGUAGUGUGCUGCUCCUCCGUCUGAUGGAUGAUUUAUCAUCAUUCUUUAUUCUUUAUUGACUGAAUUAAACUCCUCUGCUAACAGGACACAGAGGGUUACUCACACUCAGUUAUAGAAUAACUGUUUCCUCACAUACAAUUCUGAACUGUGUUGUAGAGGCUCAGGAUAGUUUGUGUGUGGUGUCCCUCUGUAUUUACAUGCAUACUUUAAAGGGUCUGUUAUUAAUAUUAUUCUUAAAUUUGUUAACUUUGUUUCUUUGUAGUUAUCAUAUUUACUCACAUAAAUCUAAUGUAGCCUAAAGAGUGGACACGCCCACCGCGCGUAGAGUGACAGACUUUGACAAAAAUGAUUUAACUUUAUACUUUUUUUUUCCUCUUCAUGUUUUAUUUUGUGUUCUUUAAAAGGUAACUGACUCAAAGACAUCUCAAUAAAAAUCUUAGAGCUGAUUUUUAUUGCUUUGUGCUAUUUGUUUUUGGUGUUUUAAGAUGAAGUAAAACUUCAUUUAAUGGCACUUUUGCUCUCUCCUUCCAUGGACGAUACAGCAUACACACACAUUUGUAUAUGUGGUCAUACACAGCACCUUGCACAUUUAAAUACACAUUAUUAUUAUUUAUAAUACUAGCUACUUAAAAUAUACAUUUUCAUUGUACUUUUAAGCACAUUUUAAUGCCAUUAUUGUUAGCCUUAUUGUUACUUCUGCUGCAAUGUCAAGGAUCCAGAACCAAAGAAUUUUUUGCCCUCUUGUAUAAUUGAGAAGUAACAAUAAAGAAUCUUGAAUCUCUGAAUUCUUGUCUUUACAGGAGGGGAAUUACUUUUACCUGCUUGAAUGACUCUGCCGCAGGCAGUUCCUUGAGGAGCUGUUGUAUUGUUGCUUAUUGACACACCCUCUGAAUAUCAGUGUCGCUUCCUGGAACAGAACAAAAGUAGCCCGAGGCUCUGUGGGAGCAGAGGGAACGCGUUCUCACUGCAGGUUUCACUCUUUCCCUGAAUUAAAGCUUCAACAUGCUGCUGCCGUUGCUGUUUGCUGGAUGUUUGGUCUCGUGUGCAGCACAGACAACUUCCAUUCCCUCCGCCACCAUGGGGACGCCCCAACCAGUUCAGGCAGCAUUCAUCUCGCCGACACCUGAUUCUACAGACGAUGUUCUGGCAAUCCUUCAGACGGCUGUUCAGUCCUAUCGGGAGAUAAAUAAAACAACAAUUGCUCCAGUCCUGCACAAGCUCAACAGCUUGAUCCAGCGUCUACAACCAGAUCUGGUCUUCAGUCUGACAGUAAAGAACAUCACCAGAGUCUGAAACCUCAACUCACAAGUUUCUGUGUGUUUGCUCACUUGUUGCACAGGAGCUAGACUUUCACUCCUGAGUGGACUGUUCAAUGUGAUGUGUUUCUAAUUGCACCUGGAAAUGUAGAUGUAUUGUACCACCGCUGAGGACAAAAUGAGUAUUAACUGGUUCAUUUGAUUGAUGUGAUUAAAUUGAGCGAGGCCUGAUUACGUCUAAAAUCCUAUGGUGCAGUUAAGCGUUUGCUUUUAUUCACCAAAGAGCUUUUCUUAAAAUGGACCUAAACCCUGCUGCAAUGCGCUGUAGUGAUUUCUGCAGUUUAAACAUGGCAGCUGAGUGACAGCAUAGUGAAAGUUGGGAAAUGUAACAAUAAAAACAAUAUUUUCCAAAAGACACCUUUAACAUGCAGUACCUUUCUAUUUAAAAAGCCAUAAAUGUAAAGACAUGUACUCUCUUACGUUUCACAGAAUGAUUUGUGGUCAUCUCAUUGCAAAUACAAAUACAAAUGUCAUACAUUGCAGUUAUCACAAUAGAAAUACUUUAUUUCCAGUAAUGAGAUAUUUAAUCAUCUUUCAAUCACCAAAAGUUAUGAGUGAUAACAUUUUAUAGUGACAUUUUCACCAAAUGCACAUGAUUACUGAGUUGCUGUAAAAGUCAUUCGAAGAAAUAAAUCAGUAGCCUGAUAAUCAGACUUAUUGUCAUUUAAUUUAACAAUUGUCAGAGGUGUUAAAGCAAGUUAAUAAAUCAGUUGU